UGGCGCAGACGCAGUUCAAAUCCAGUCCAGUCAGUUGCCUCAGCUGUCAUUCCUCCUCUAACCCCGUGGUGUGUUGACCGUCCCCUCUGCCAACAUGGGUCUAAUCACAGGCGUCUGUACCUUCUUGUACCACUUGCCUCAGAUUUACAAAUGGCUGCUGAAACCGUAUUAUAUCACGUCGUUCCUCAUGACCGUCGCCUUCCUGGUGGUCAGAAAGGCUCCCGGUCUGUGCGAGCACCUGGCGACCCAGCGGGAGGACGGCAACUCCUGCGACUUUGACUGGAGAGAAAUGGAGAUUCUCAUGUUUCUCAGCGCAAUAGUGAUGAUGAAGAACAGGAGAGCCAUCACACUGGAGCAGCACAUAGGCAACUUGUUCCUGUUCAGUAAAGUGGCCAACGUUAUCCUCUUCUUCAGGCUGGACAUCCGGCUCGGCAUCCUUUACCUCGCAUUGUGUGUUGCAUUCGUCAUGACCUGUAAGCCACCUCUCUACAUGGGCCCGGAGUACAUCAAGUACUUCAGUGACAAGACCAUAGAUGAGGAGCUGCAGAGGGACAGUCGCGUCACCUGGAUCGUUGAAUGCUAUGCCAACUGGUCCUCUGACUGCCAGUCCUUCGCUCCCGUCUUUGCCAACCUUUCCCUUAAGUACAACUGUGCUGGACUCAGGUUUGGGAAGGUGGACAUCGGACGCUUUGGAGAGGUUUCAGAGAGGUACAGGGUUAGUACUUCCCCUCUGGCCAAGCAGCUGCCUUCACUGCUGCUUUUUCAGGGAGGGCGGGAAAUUAUGAGACGUCCAAUGGUGGACAACAAAGGAAGAGCAGUGUCUUGGACCUUCAAUGAGGAAAACAUCAUCCGAGAGUUCAACCUCAACGAGCUCUUCCAGAAAUCCAAGAAGCUGAACAAAGGUCGCAGCGCGAAGGGACAGGAGGAGAACGGCUCUCAUCCGGAGGAGGGCAGCGACGAGCUCCACGCUGACACCAACGCCCCAGAGCAGCCCACAGAGAGCAAAAAAGACCAGUGACGUGAAGAGGAUGCUUCAGAGAGGGGCUGCAUGAAGGCUUUCCUUUUGUUCCAGCAUUGCCAUGCCUUAUGUUACUGCUGAAGAGAAGGAAAUGGGUUCAACCAUUGCUAGAUGUCAUCUCUAAGUUAAGUCUUUACUGUGGCAAAUAAAUACCCAAAAAAGCUGGACCACAUUUCCCUGGUCUGACGGGGUAUGAUGCAGUGUGGUUUGAAUGCAGCCAUGCAAAAGAUCAAGCGAUGAUUUGGGGACAUUUUAUUACAGACCUUAAGUUAUUUAAGAACAAAUGCCUUUUUUUUGUAAUGAUUGUUUUUUGGCUACUUUCAGCAACAUGUCAUCACUGCAUGUCAACUUUUGCUGCCUGUAUUUUUGCAACUAGUAUGUUUACUGAUGUGUCAUAUUUCAAAACCAAGGUAAGAGGUGAAACUGAAAUAAAAACGGCUGUGUGCACAGUUUA